AUGGCGGCCGCCGCCGGCGCUCGGCCAUUUCCGCCGCCGCGCCGGAAACACCCGACACGCCUCCCCGCGCCGCUUCGGCUCUUCCCGGACAGCUUCGGCUCGAGGUCGUCACAGGCUUCGAGGGUUUCCGUCUCCGCGACGGAGUUACCCGAAGCUUCCUUCGGUACUUUCCGUCGAGCGCCGAGGGAAGAACCGAGCGCCUCCCGCGCCGCCGCGACCCCGAGUGGAUGCGGAAAUACCCGAACACCACUUGGCAGCAAUCGGGCGCUUCCGCCCAUUACGGAAACACCCGAGCGGAGCCGAAUCCCCCUCCCCAGCCCUGAUGGGGACCCCAGGAUGGGGCGGGGGACGGAGGAACACAGGACCCUCCCCGAAUCUGGGGGGCUCUCCCCGACACCUCAGCGCAGCCAGAUUUUGUGGGGCUUUGCUGGACGCCGGGUUCUCCCCGAAUUUGGGGAAAAGGGAGCUCCCAGAGCCCCAGGGGCCCCACGGCAGCGUCCCCACCCCGGUCUGCCCCCGCCCGCCGCCGCCGCCGCCGCCGCCGCCCUGGGCCCCGCCAUGGAGCCCCCGGGACCCCCCCCCGCCCCCCGCCCGCUCCCGGCCCCGGCCAGCCCAGCCCCUUCCCCGCGGGGGCCGCACCGGAGCUUGGAGUGCCAGGAGAAGCUCCAGGAGAAAUCCCAGGAGCAGCCCCAGACGCUCCAGGACCCUCCCCAGGAGCAGCCCCGGGAGCGGCCCCGGGAGCGGCCCCGGGAGCGGCCCCGGGAGCGGCCCCGGGAGCGGCGGGCGUCGCGGCCGGGCCGGAGCCGGGUGCCGGGCCGGGAUCACCGCCGGUAUUACCACGAGCGCUGGCGCUCCGAGUACCUGAUGGAGUUCAACGCGGCGCGGCACGGGAUGCGCUGCCUGGUGUGCGGCAGCGCCCUGGCCACGCUCAAGCUCAGCACCAUCAAGCGCCACAUCCGCCAGAAACACCCCUACUCCGGAGCCUGGGGACCCCGCGAGAAGCAGCUGGUGCUGCGCUCCUGGGACGCACACCUGGGACUGGGAAAUGCCCCCCGCCCCGAGGGACUCCCCGGCGGCACCUGCGGGACAGGGCCCCGUCCCCCAUCCCCGAGGGCCACCAAGGUGUCCCCAGGGGCCACCGUCGGGGACUCUCUGCGGGGCUGGCUGCGGGCCGAGCUGCUGCUGGACCUGGAGGCCGGGGGCCACCGGCUGCGCUGCCUGCUGUGCUCCUGUCCCCUGCCCUCGCUGCACCUCGGGGACAUCCGGCAGCACGCGCUGGCAGCGCACCCCGACAGCCUGCGGGGACAGCGGGGACACGGCGGGGACAGCCCCGCCCUGUCAGCCCCCGGUCCCGCCGAAGAGGAGGAAGAGGAGGAAGAGGAGGAAGAAGCUGCAGGAGGGGUGAGGGGCACAGGGGCCCCCCCGGCCUGAGCCCCUGGGGAUGGGGACAGGGGACAUCCCACGAGGGCAGUGGGGACACCAGUGACCCCCCACCACCACAGCCACACCCCACACCCCCCUGUGUCACCCUCGGUGGUGCCACCACCCCCGGAUGUCCCACCCCAGUGUCACCUUAUUUAUGUCUGUUUGUCCCCCCGCUGUUUUUUUUACACCCCUCCCCAUUACACGACCCCUCAAUA